AUGCGUGUGCUGGGCGAAGCGCACGGCCCGCAAACUCACAAAGUGGAGGAGCUGGCAACACCCCGUUCACUUCCCUGCAAGGCUGUUCAUGGCGUCCGCACACCAAACAGCGCUGCCAAGUCCUGCAUUUUCAGAGGGGGCGGAGCUUGCGAGGGCCUGGGAGAUGCUUGCAGAGAGCACCCAGGAUAUUCAAGCCCAGGUGGUCAGCCUGACCUGCUGCAACAAGGUGAGCGGCCAGUGAGGUUGCCUGCCUGCUACGUCUUUGCAGAGUUAGGGUUGUUCCAGUUGGGACAGGCCAUCUUAGCCGGGACACCAGGAACGUGCCACGCCUGA